AUGUUACGGCCUGGUACACCGUUGACGGUGCUGCUGUUCGCAGCUUUUGCUUUGCUACUGUUAGCUGUUAUAUCAACCCCAAUCAUUGAAGCCAUUCCACUGAGCGACUUCGGUGGUGUAACAUAUGGCGUUUUUGGCUACUGCCAACAGGGCAAAGGAUGUAGCGGUAUCGGGGUUGGAUACGACACUGCCAAAUUAGUUGGGGAUGAUAGCCAAGCCUUCGACUUACCAUCUGGCGUUCGGAAUACGCUAUCUGCCAUUCUUAUUGUGCAUCCAGUCGCGGCACUUAUUACCCUUGUCAUGACUAUCAUGGCGGCUGUGUCUCACUUGCACGCUCCCUCGCACUCGACAAGAUAUCUGCUCAUUUUAUUUAUCUUCCUCCUCAUUGACUUCCUGGUUUGCUUGCUAGCCUUUUUGAUCGACGUGCUUCUAUUUGUACCACACCUAGCAUGGGGGUCUUACCUCGUUCUUGCUGCUACUAUCCUAGUUGCCAUGAGUGGGUUGGUAACUUGUGCGAUGCGUCGCACUCUAGUCAGCAGGAAAGACAGGCAGCGACGUAUCGCUCAGAAUGCUGAAAUGAGUGGCGAGAAUUAUUACAACAGAACUGCUCAAGAUAAGACGACUGUGGAGCCUGAAGUUUCUCGACAACCGACUCUUCCCACCGUGAGUGGUGGCAAUGGUGUACAUGACAAUCUCCCGUCCUUUACAACCUUCGAACAGAAGAGUAGAAGCGACCAAGCUAGCGAAGAAGCCAUCCCUCUGACCCGCCGGACCACAUCAAAUCGAUCUCCAGCACCCCCUAACGAUGUGGCAAGCGUGGGUGAGGUUGCAGCCUUUAGCAGGAACCCACAGAGGCAAGGUUCUCGCGAUCAGUUUGGCAACCCAACCGACAAUGCUACUGACCCAUAUGCAACGCGGAGAGGACCUUCUCCAAGCAUGAGUAACCGUGGAACAGGAGUUGGAGGAGGCUACCGCGGUGGAAGAGGGGGUUAUGGUCGUGGAGGAUAUGAUAACUAUGGAGCACCAGUCCGAGGUCGUGGAGGCUACGGGCCGCCUGGAAGGGCUGGAUAUGGUUCCAGAGGAGGACGAGGAGGCUAUGGACAACCCAACCGAGGAGUCUAUGCUGCAAACGGGAUGAGGGGAGGUCUAAACGCGCCCCCAGGAUACAAUAAUGGUCCUUACGAUCGGAGACCGUCACCCGCUCAAAACUUUGCUCAAGACAUUCAGCCGUCAGAGCCAUCUAAUGGAUAUAGCUCGACGAAUCCCUCAAUGCCGAGUGUGAACACUUACACUGCUUACAGCCCAGAGUCCACAUUGCCUCGAGCUGAGUCGCCGCCGCCUUUGCCAGGGACCGAGCCUGCCACUGUUGGGGGUCGCGCAGUAGAAAUGGAUGCAACUCCGGCUGUUCAGCAUCAUGACGGAGGAACCUACGGACAGCUCCGGGACAGUGACGCGGAUGUUGCAGGUAUGGUUGGACUCCAGCAGGGGCAGAUCCCACAGCGACAUGAUACGUACAUGAGCGAGGGAAGUAAAUAUAGCACCGAUGAGCAAUAUGUUCCACCCCGCUCAGGAUGGACUCAGGGCGAUGGCAGAAAUUCACCCCGAGCCCCGUCACCUCUGGUAACUGGUCAACCAAGAGCUGAACUCACUGAAAGAAGGACGCCGCCUGUUGUCCAACAGCCUGUGGCCAUCGGGAAUAGCAACUAUUAUGAAGAUGUUGAUCCCCGUUUCGCCUCCGAUGCACCACCCGCAAGUAACAACCUUCAGCCGCCCCCUAUUGAGCCUAUAUAUGAGGACAUUCAUGCCAACAAUGCGGGGACUCGAAGCCCUGCCGAGUCUGAGCAUUCAACAUUUACAUCCAUAUCCCAGCGUGGGAUCAACCCACGUUGGAACCCCAACCCCCCACCGCUACCGUACCAACAAGGACCCCCUCAUCGCCGACCAGCACAUCAACAACAGCAACGUCAAGACAUGCUGUUAGAUACCCCCGACUUUCAAUUGCCUAGUUCACGGACUGGACGAGGCCCUGGAAUGGUACCUGGAAGCGCAUACCCACCUGGCGGUUUCUAG